AUGAAACCACAGAAAAGACUGCUCACACAAGAUGACAUGGACAUCUGGUCUCACUCGGAGACGUUCAAUAACUUAAUCAGCUUUCUCUCGGGGCUUGCUGAGUCAGUGAAAGGUCUAGAGAACAACGAGUACCAGAAGCCCACCGGAUCAUCAAUUGAGAGUUGCUGCCAAUUACUAGAGGAGGUCGCCUCUCUCGCAGAACAGUACCCGGUCAAACAGGAUGCCGAAACAUCAAGGUUUGGAAAAGUUGAGUUCAGGUAUUUUUAUGACGACUUGAAAUCCAAGUCUCAAGGACUAAUUCAACGAGCGUUCGACGCAUUGGACGGCACUCAAUGCGAGGAACUCUCGGUAUAUUUCGCAGAAUCGUGGGGUGACAGAAGCAGGAUUGACUAUGGCUCGGGGCAUGAGCUCAACUUUCUUUGUUUCCUUUACGGGCUUAAAGAGUUUGGCGUAUUCAAGGAGCCCGCUGACUAUAGAAACAUGGUAUUAAAAUUGUUCAUCAAGUACCUGGGUGUGAUGAGAACCCUGGAAACGAAGUACUGGUUGGAACCAGCCGGUUCGCAUGGAGUCUGGGGGCUAGAUGACUACCACUUUUUGCCCUUCUUAUUCGGUGCGUUUCAGUUAUCCACACACAAACACUUAAAACCAAAAUCGAUCCACAAUAGCGAAGUUGUUGAAAUGUUUGGUAAGAGAUACUUAUACUUUGGUUGUAUUGACUUUAUAAACAAGGUCAAAACUACUGCUUCCUUAAGAUGGCAUUCACCCAUGCUGGACGACAUAAGUGGGGUCAAAACUUGGGCCAAAGUCGCUGAAGGUAUGAUCAAGAUGUACAAGGCAGAGGUUCUUAACAAACUUCCUAUAAUGCAGCACUUUUUCUUUGGAAGUUUCUUGCAAUGCCCCGAGGGGAUUUCCCCACCCGGUACGCAUGCCGAAUCACACCAACAUUGCUCGCACAGUCCCCUUGAAAACACAUGGGGAGACUGUUGUGGCAUCAGAGUCCCUAGUGCGGUAGCUGCUACCGAAAGUCAGAAAGCUGGUCCCAAGAGAAUACCCUUUGAUUAA